AAAAAACAAAACACACAUCACACGCAUCUUGUCGGAUUCUACUUUUUCACAAAAAGCGAUGUUUGAUUGUAUCUCUCUCCACAUUUCUUGCAACUCCUUUUGCGUACUCUUCUCUCCAAUACCAAACCCAGUUAUUUCUUGGAAUUUUGAUAGUUGAGAUAUGGGGAGGUUAUUUGUUGUCCAUCUUGAAGGGAAGAUCUAUAGCUGUAAACACUGUAGAACCCCUCUUGCUGUUUUUGAAGAUAUUGUUUCCAAGGAUUUCCAAAGCAGACAUGGAAAAGCUUAUCUCUUCCGUAAGGUUGUGAAUGUUUCUAUCGGAGAAGCAGAUGACAGGCAGAUGAUCACUGGGAUGCAUACUGUGGCUGACAUUUUCUGUGUUGGUUGUGGAUCACAUGUCGGUUGGACAUAUGUGACUGCUCAUGAGAAAAGCCAGAAGUACAAAGAAGGAAAAUCUGUUCUUGAACGGUUCAAAAUGUCAGGUCCGGACAGCAACAAUUAUUGGGUUAGGCAUGAAACACAUGUUGGUGGAAGUGAUGCAGAUGAUGCUUAAUCAUCCCUUCAUUAACAAUUGAUUGUACAUUCUUUCAUCUCCCUUUAUCUGUUACUAUUCAAUUAAUGUGGAUUUAUAGGGGCAAUUUAACAAAAUCAAUAUUUUGCCUCAAAAUACUAUUUAAAUUGGUGAUUCUGAAGUACAAACACAAGUAACAGCAAGAAACUUGUAUUCCAAUGUUGCUCAAUGCUUCCAUUGUAAAUGUAACACUCAUUAUGAGACAUAAUGAGUGAUUUGUAAAUAUUAGUUUGGUUAAAACUGAAUUUGUUCUAA